CACCCUGUCCCAUUUCAAAAGUAUUUUGCUUCUUAUCUCCCCCAAUCUGGUCUCUCUUCUAUAAGUUCCACCCCUUCUCUUAUCCCAUGCACCUUCUAUUUCCCUGUGGUUUAAGAUUUCCUUACUUCAGUUGAGCUUGCAUGUUAUUCCCUCGCUGAGCCAAUAACAAUAAAGUUCAAGCUUUGUCUGCCAUCCACCCACUCUAUCCUAUCUUCCUCUCCGGUGUAAAAACUUUCACAUCUCUUUUAGAGAUAAUUUAUCCGCAUUCUACCUUUUCCGUUCUCCCAAGGGAUUCCUUUUCCUCUCCUUUUAACAUUCCAUCAUAUACAACUGAAAACCAUGUCCUCUGUCUAUGUAUACCCCUCCUAAUUGCCAUGAGAAUGAUAAAUUUCUUAUAAAAGUAUCAUCUUCCCAUGUAGAAACAUAAAUAGUUAAACUUUAUUGAAUUGCUUGUAUUCAAAAGUUAGAUUUUAUAUUUAGCUCUGGUCUUUUCCUCAGGAAUGCUUGAAAGAUCUGUUUCAUUAAAUAUCCAUUUUUCCCCCCAUGAAGGAUUAUAUUGUUUUGCUGGGUAAAUUAUUCUUUGUUUUAAUAAACUUUGCUCCUUUGCCUUGAAGAAUUUCAUAUUCCAAAUCCUCUCAUCAUUUAUGCUAAAUUAUUCUGAUUGUUGCUUUGUGAUAUUUAAAUUGUUUUCUUUCUAGCUACUUCUAAUAUUUCUCUCCUUGACCUGCGAACUCCGGGAUUUGGUUGUAAUGUUCGAGAGAGUUUUCAUUUUGGAAUCUCUUUCAGCAGGUAAAAGUAGAAUUGGAUCAAUUGAUCGGUUGUCCUUGAUUUUUUUCUUCUUUGUUUAAAGGAUUUUUCUACAGAAGUUGCUGAGACAUUUUUUGCUGGUUAAAUAGAGGUUUGUUUAAACCUGUAUUUUGAAUGUAGUUUGGAAAUAUUUGAAACCAUGGGAAUAAAGGUUCAACGUCCUCGAUGUUUUUUUGACAUAGCCAUAAACAAUCUACCUGCUGGAAGAGUUGUCUUUGAAUUAUUUUCUGAUGUGUGUCCCAAAACAUGUGAGAAUUUCCGGUGUCUUUGUACAGGUGAAAAAGGUACAGGAAAAUCUACUCAGAAGCCAUUACAUUAUAAAAGUUGUCUUUUUCACAGAGUUGUAAAGGAUUUUAUGGUUCAAGGUGGUGACUUCAGUGAAGGAAAUGGUCGAGGUGGGGAAUCCAUUUAUGGAGGAUUUUUUGAAGAUGAGAGUUUUGCUGUUAAACACAACAAAGAAUUUCUGUUGUCAAUGGCCAAUAGAGGAAAGGAUACUAAUGGUUCGCAGUUUUUCAUAACAACUAAACCUACACCUCAUUUAGAUGGGCACCAUGUUGUUUUUGGGCAAGUGAUCUCUGGUCAAGAGGUUGUGAGAGAGAUUGAAAACCAGAAAACAGAUGCAUCUAGCAAACCAUAUGCUGAAGUACGAAUACUUAGCUGUGGGGAGCUAAUUCCCAAAUCUAAAGCCAAGAAGGAAGAAAAGAAAAGACAUAAGUCAUCGUCUUCAUCCAGUGAUUCAGAUAGUUCAACUGAUUCUCAGUCCUCUGAUUCUUCUUCUGAUUCGGAAAGUGCUUCUGAAGAAAAAUCCAAAAAAAGAAAAAAGAAACACCGAAAAUCCCGAAAACAUAAGAAGGAAAAGAAGAAGAAAAAGAAAAGCAAGAAAAGUUCUUCUACUGAGAGUGAAGAUGAAAGCCCUGAAGCACAACCACAAUCUACUGUCCGUCCAGAAGAGAUCCCUCCUAUUCCUGAAAACAGGUUCCUAAUGAGAAAAAGCCCACCUAAAGUAGAUGAGAAAGAGAGAAAGAAUAGAGAAAGGGAAAAAGAAAGAGAGUGUAAUCCAUCUAACUCCCAGUCCUCUUCAUAUCAAAGGCGACUUCUAGUCACCAGAUCUGGAAGGAAAAUUAAAGGAAGAGGACCAAGGCGCUAUCGAACACCUUCCAGAUCCAGAUCACGAGAUCGGUUCAGGCGCAGUGAGACUCCUCCACAUUGGAGACAAGAGAUGCAGAGGGCUCAAAGAAUGAGGGUGUCAAGUGGUGAAAGGUGGAUCAAAGGGGAUAAGAGUGAAUUAAAUGAAAACAAAAAAGAAAAUCAAAAAAGUCCAGCAAGAGGAAAAGAAAGAAAAGCAUCUGAACACAGACAUAUAUCAGAAAGUCCAAAUAGAAAAGGUGAAAAAGAAAAGAAAACAAAAGACCAUAAAUCAAACAGUAAAGAUAGGGACACAAGGAGAAAUUCAGAGAAAGAUGACAAAUAUAAUAAAAGUAAAACAAAGAAAAGGGCCAAAUCUAAAAGCAGGAGUAAAAGCAAAGAGAAGUCAAAAAGUAAAGAAAGAGAUUCAAAGCAUAACAGACAUGAAGAAAAGAGAAUGAGAUCAAGAAGCAAAGAGAGAGAUCAUGAAAAAGCAAAAGAAAAAGAGAAACAUUCUGAUUCCCGAGGCAAAGAACGAGAAAAGAGCAGAAGUAAAGAGAGAUCUAAGCGAGCAGGGUCAAAAACUAAUGAACAUGACCAUAGCAGAAGUAAAGACAAGGAUAAAAGGGCCAAAUCAAAGAGUAGAGAACGGGAGGUAACCAAAGGAAAACACAGCUCUAAUGGCCGGACAAGGGAGCGAAGCAGAAGCAGGGACAAAGGAAGAAGAGCCAGAUCUAGGAGCAAAGAUCGAGAUCGGAGUAGAAGCAGAGAAUAUUAUAGGAACAGAGAGAGGGAAUCCCGGAGAAGAGCGAGAUCAAGGAGCAAAGAAAGGAAAGGAACACCAGAAAAAUCUAGAAGUAAAGAUAGGAGGAGGAGGAGAGAAUCCAGGAGUUCAGGGAGAGAGGAAAGUCAAAGCAGGAAUAAAGAAAAAAGUAAAAAUCAAGAAACAAAGAGUUCACAUAAAAAAGAGAACUCAGAGAGUGAAAAAAGGCACUCCAGAAACCACGAUAACAGUAGCCGAGACAGCAGUAAAGAGAAAAAAGGUGACCGAGAUCAGAGUCCAAACUCAAGAAAACAAAAUAGUAAAGACAGAGAAUUAAAAUCCUCUGCAUACAAAAAUAAGGAAGAAGAAAAGACUAGAUGCUCAUUAGAAAAAGAAAUCAACCAAAAAUCAAAGAGUCAAGAAAGAGACCAUACACGUGGUAAAGAUAAAAAAUCUGAUCAUGAGUCCAGCCCUGGAACUGAUGAAGACAAAAGUGGAUGAGUGAGGGCCUUGAACUUUGUAUUUCCAUUUUUCUCUUUAGGUUUUAGAGACUUGCUGAAGAACACCCCUUUUUUUGUUGUUGUUUUCCUCUUCCUUUUUGUUUUUGGGGUUGGUUUUUUUUUUGUUUGUUUGUUUGUUUUUUAAUGCGGACUUCAUUAAGUUUGAUCUUUUGAUAUUCUACAACCUGAAUAAUUUGUACUGCUAAAGUUUUAAUAAACUUGAAAUGAGAAAACGCUUUUGUGUAAUAUUGUGUGCUGUUUAACUCUUUCGUUUCUCUGUUGUAGCUGUCAGCCAACAGCUACCAUGUCAAUAUACAUCUUGAUCUGUUGGAUCAACCUGUUAGAAAUAAAUACAAUUGUUAAUUGCAAUAGUAUUUUUUAUAAAAGUUUGCACUUCUCAUGUUUUAAAUAUUUUUAAAAGCCAUUAAAUUGAAAGGAAGUCAUACUGAUAUUGCUGAUUACAUUUUAAGGGAGAUUGUUACUGAUGUAAAUCAUAGAAGCUUGUAAGAGGAUUUUUUUAUUCCAAGAAAAAAAGUGCUUAUUCUAUGAUUUUCUGAAUAAUUGUUUUUAAAUUUUGAUCUUGUAACUUGUGCUUUAAAUACACAGAAAAAUGUCUGCUUACCUAUUGUAUUUUACUUUACCUGUUUCUUUGUAUUUCAAGUUGUGUAUGUAUAGUUCAUGUCUUAUGAAUAUUUUCUGCACUUUUUUUUUUAUUUGUCUUAUAGAAACAUCAAAUUGGAGUCAUUUUUAUUCUUUAGAAAAGUCAUGCUUAUCUGAUCAUUGAUAUACGUAAAGAUAUUCUUGGCUUAUUGUUACAAACCAUCAGGCAAAAUCAAUACUUAGGAAAUUUUAAGUGGAGUUUUUAUAUAUAGAUUGUCCUUUUUUUUAUUCGAGUAAUCAGAAUUAGUAUUUAGUAACAUUGAUUUUCUACUUGGUUAUUUUCCAUAUAUACACAAACCUUUAUAUGUUAGUCUCGGCCUAAUACAACAUUGUUAUAUUAAUUUUUGAAAUUUAUCCUAAUUGGCACCACAUUUGGAUUAGUUAUUAUAACUCUGCAUGCUUUAAAAAGGCCUAAUUCUUCAUUAAAAGUCUUCAUAGAAAUUUAAGUAUCAAAUGGAAGAAAUUUGUUCUGAACAUUAUUCUUAAUGUAACACUAACAUCAAUACUACAUUUUUUAAAAUGGCUUUAAACUGUGCGGUUUGAUUAUAACUUUAGCUUAGCAUCUAUGAAAUGUCACACAGUUCAGAAAAUUGCAAAAUUGGAUAGCACCAUUCAGAUAUAACCAAAAGAAAAUUUUGAAGUGGAAUUUUUAAAAAAAGCUUUCUCUUCUCAGUAUGACUUUUCCACCUAUUUCUUUAAGAAAACACUGACUAACUAGACAAACACAAAAGUGAUUUCAUUGGGGGGGGGGGGUGGGUUAAGAAAAGCAACCAUUUCCUAAGACUAAUUGGAGACUUUUAUAAUUAAGAUAGUAUCAUUUAUAUUCUUAAUGCACCUUCUAAGUAAAUCAUUUAAUUUGAAUAAUGCUUUUUAUGCUUAGAAAAGCAAUAUUUAGUAUAUAACACUAGUUGUUAAACUUUAAUAAAAGAAUAAUGCUUUUUGCAUUGUGUAGUCAUUUAAUGAUGUUCACUCAGGAGACAACAUAUAAUUGCUGUCUCUUGGAAAGAAUAUUCAAAACAGAUUUUAUUUGGGUAGUUCAUUCUGAUGGGACUUUGGGUUUAAUCCCAUAUCAUUGAAAGAAUUAGCUGUUAUUUGACAUAAAUCUAAAGAUUACAUUUAAAUAAUGUUUGUUGUGAGUUUAAGAUUGUUAGAUGAAAGGUGAUACUUAAAGAGGGACUUGAUUUUAGUAUGACCAAAAGAUAGCCAUUCCAAAUUAAAAAAAAAAAAA